UUUAAUAAAUAUAUAUUAAUAUAAUUAAUUCAAACAAUUAUUUAUUUGAUUAAAUUAGCUAGACUAAUUAUUAGGAUUGGUAUGAUUGCUUAAUAUUAUCUAGAUUUUGAUGGUUAUUAGUCGCUGUUUAUAUCAUUUAAAAUAAUUGUUAAUUGUGUUAAACAAUAUAUGAAACAUACUAAAAUGAAGCAAGGCCAUAUUCCAGUAAAUGUACAAUCUGUAAUUAGUGUGAUAAUAUUGUAGAAUAAGGCAAAUAACAAUAAUGAAGUAACCCAAAACCAAUUAAAAUGUUAUUAUAACUAAAUUAAUGCUGUAAUUUCAGUGUAAAUGACACAAACAUAAUAGAUUAUAAUGACUACUACCCAUUUUUUGGAUCCAUAAUUAUCAUCACAUAGUCCAGGUAUAAUAAAAAUCAGGAAGGAUAAUAAUAAAAUUUUCCAAACAAAUAAAGGUAAAACAAUUAGAAUAGGAUUCUGAUUUAUGAUUCCAUCAAGUUAUAAACAGAGUAGGAUUAUAAAAAUAGGCAAUAAUCCCAGAGUAGAAUUUUAGGCUAUUGCUAAAAAUACUUUGGCUAUUCUUGGAUAUUNGAAAAAACUCAUAAUUAAGAAGAAAAUAUAUACAGGAUG